AUGGUGCACCAUUUGUCCUAUAUAAUCGUUGAUAGGUUGGAUUCGUUGUUAGACACUUCCAGAAGCCCUGAUAACCCGCAAAACAGAGACAUGUCUGAGGAGAGCAAGAGAACGGUAAAGCUGUUUUGCCCAUCGAUAUCAAAGGCGGUGCAGGUGGUGGCGCAAGACGAACAAAGGAUCGACCUCGGUUCUAUUGCCCGUACGUUCGGCCUGGAGCCGGCGACGUUAAUGUUAAACGGUCACUUCAUAAGUAGAGGAGUCGAUCUUAUUGCCUCCUCCGUCACCUGGAAAUCCUUAAUAAGCUUUUUCUCCUCGCGAGGACUUUCAACGGGAACUACUGGUUCCGGCGCUCUUGUUGUCGAUGGCAAGCUAUCCAAAUCCGGUUCCAAAAGAGGAAAUGAUUCGGUAAAUGAAAUUCCUAGUACAAUGAAUUGCGGAUAUGGGUCGAACUCAAGCAAGAAAACUAAGCUCAAAGAUAUGGAUGUCGAUAAGGGAAGCGGGAAACCAUUUUUAAGUAAUCCUUUCAGAUUCAAGAGAAAGCAAGAGGAUGCUCAUUAUUCUCAGAAGAGGUUUAAAGUGGACAAUUUAGGUUCACAGAUGAGAGAACUUACUUACUUUGAAACCCUUAAAACACGACUCCCGUGCAGUAUUUUGGGUGUAAUUGUAAAUAUGAAGAGGAGGAGAGAGGAGGAGAUUGUUCUAUCUGCUUCUAACAAGAAAAUCAGAUAACAUCAUGACUUAAAUUGCAAGGAGAUUACAUAGAUACUAUUUAUUUCUUUCCAUAAUUUAAAAAAAUCAAUCAAUGUACUCGGUGUUGUUCUAGUUGUAUAUAUAAUGAGAAGUAGUGAAGGUUAAUAACGUAAGUUCUAUUUGGUUGUAAGGGUAAAUGCAUUGAAUCCUUUCUAUCCACUUUUCAAGCUCCA